AUGUCGACAGGCGAUCCUUCAAGGGAAGCAAUUGUACAUAUUGAUUCUAAUGGCGAUGGACAGCCCGAAAGCUAUGCGUUACCGCCGGCUAUACACCUUAACCCAGAAGGUGCUAUAGAACGUCAGAAUUUGUUACCUUCGACAACGAACUAUGGUUCUGCAUAUACGAAUGAAUUACAGACAACAUCCUUUUCAUCGCCUGCCAAUUAUGGUUCUGAAAAUGGGCGAGGUUCUCCGACAUAUUCAAUUCCGCCACCCGUGAAAUAUGGUCCCGAAAAUGAGGAAGUGUCACGAACCAAUUCCUUCUCGCAACCUGCCAACAUUGGAUCCAAAGGCGUCGACGAGACAGUGAGGUACUCAUCCCCGGCAUUCGGACACGCCGAGCUGGAAGACAUCAAAGAGUCUGAAAACUAUUCUCUCCCACCGCAUGCAAACCAUGGAUUUGAAAACGGCCGGGGAAGUGAUGUCCUUUCACUACCCCCACCCGCUCCAUUCAGUGACCGGAGCGCACAAGCGGGUUCGAUGGGAUACGAAGGGGUGUCAAGUCAAAUUCCUGGAAGGUCUAGUCCACAAACACCUGUUUCGUUACGGCGUCCACAAUCUACAGCUGAGCAGAGCACCGGGUCAGAGCCACAGGCCAACACAGUACCCUAUGGGUGGAUGUCUGGCAUCGAUGAACACAAUAAUGAUGACGACCUUCAUGAUCCUGCGAAACCAAUGCGAGGCUCAUUCGAGCCAACUCGCGCAGUAGUAAACGUGGGCACGUUGAUUUUGCUGGUAUUAUGUUUACUCAUGUUGUUUGCAGGUUACCCUAUCCUUCACUAUUACACUGAAGACAAGAAUGAUGAUGACCGUCUCAAGUCGUUCAAACAAAUCUUUGACGGUGAAAACGUGUACCCAAGCAACGCACCGUUCCUGCGCAUGAAUGACUCGAAAUUGCAGAACAAUUUUGAUCCAAGUAAAGUUAUGUUCAUUGACCCCGACACCCCCAAAGAGGCAUACACCAUGAAAAGUACUUUUACUGGAAUGGAUGGAAAGGAGUUCAAACUUGUUUUUUCGGACGAGUUCAACACAGAUGGUCGUAGCUUCUACCCUGGUGAAGAUCCGUUCUGGGAGGCAGUCGACUUGCAUUAUUGGGCCACCAACAAUUACGAAUGGUAUGAUCCAGCUGCAAUUUAUACGAGCAAUGGCUCUUUGCGAAUUCGCCUGGAACAGCAUCCUGAACAUAACCUCAACUUCCGGGCUGGCAUGCUACAAUCAUGGAAUAAAUUCUGUUUUCGAAAUGGCAUUUUGAUUGGAAGAAUCCAGCUUCCUGGCUAUCCAAAAGUUGCUGGACUUUGGCCCGCAUUCUGGAUUAUGGGCAACCUGGGUCGUGCAGGCUAUGGUGCAACUCUGCAAGGCACGUGGCCGUACUCGUACGAUCAAUGUGAUGUUGGCACCGUGAUGAACCAGACACUUUGGAAUGCAACAUAUCCUGAUGGAUUUCCGGAAGGAACCACUGACUUGGGUGGUGCAACCGUGUUUAACCAAAAGCACAACACACGUGCACUAUCUUUCUUGCCCGGUCAGAAAUUAUCGCGUUGCACUUGCCCAGGUGAAGAUCACCCCGGUCCAUUCAAAGAUGGGCAGUUCACUGGCCGAGCUGCGCCAGAAAUUGACGUUUUUGAAGCACAGGUGGGCUAUUUCGACCACACAGAUAUAAAAGGUAUGACUGUUUCACAGUCGUGUCAGAUGGCACCAUACAACUGGCAAUAUGAUAUUACCAAGUACAAUGAAAGUGACGCUGUUCAUCUCUUUGCGAAGUACAGUUUACUUAAUUCUUACAACGGUGAAAUUACGCAGCAAUCUCUUAGUGGCGUGAGCCCGGCUAGCCAAGAAGCGAUUCAAUAUUCUGCUAAUACCAAAGAUACCGAAAAUGAUACUGCAUUCGCCGAAUAUGCUUUGGAAUACAGGGGCGGUCCAUAUGGCUACGUAUCUUGGCUUUCCAAUGGCGCGAAAGCUUGGGAAAUUUACAAGGAUGCACUUGUUGCUGAUAAGAAGUCCCAAGUCGGUAAUCGCCAAUUUCCGAGGGAGCCCAUGUACGUUUUGCUCAACUUGGGAAUAUCCCGGAACUUCGGUGAUUUUGAGUGGGAUGACGUGAUACCUGGUUUUCCUUUUGAAAUGGCCGUCGACUGGGUUCGAAUUUAUCAGGACCCUGACGACCCGGAAUCUGAUAUCGGUUGCAGUCCUGACGAUAUGCCUACAGCUGAGUAUAUCAAUCGCCACAUGGAAGCUUAUACCAAUCCUAAUCUAACGGUCUGGGGCGGUUCGCGUGAUGAGGGUGGGUAUGGAGCGUAUUGGCCGAAAAACCGUUUGUACAAUGAUGGCAAUGGUUGUAAAACGGAUAGGUCAAAGGAACCCGGUGAUCCCAACCCUAGCUAUCGAAGGAGAGCUCCUUACGUCCCCUCCUCCUCUGUUAUUGCUGGUCCUGGUGCACAAACAACUUAUCCCCCUAAACGCUCAUAG